AUGUCUACUGACGCCGAGCUAGGUAGAUCAUCUAUGGAUGAUUCCCCGGCAAGCGGGGAGGACGAGGUGGUCGAGCCCGACCAGGGAAAUGUGCUGUCGCACAUCAUCUCUCAGCUGCGACCCGGCGCCGACUUGAGUCGCGUCGUCUUGCCGACCUUCAUCUUGGAGCCCCGAUCCAUGCUGGAGCGAAUCACCAACUUCAUGGCCCAUCCCGAAACUCUUCUUCCCAUGUCGACGAUUGAUGAUCCGGUCGAGCGCUUUGUUUCCGUGGUCAAAUUUUACCUGAGUGGAUGGCACAUUAAACCACCAGGCGUGAAGAAACCACUGAACCCGAUCCUUGGAGAGACCUUUACUUGUUACUGGGAUUAUCCCGAUGGAACCCGCGGUUACUACAUUUCCGAGCAGACAUCCCACCACCCGCCCAAGUCGAGCUAUUUCUUUGCGGCGCCGGAGCAUAAUAUACGCAUUGAUGGAACCCUGAAGCCCCGGAGUAGGUUCCUGGGCAACUCGGCUGCCAGUCUGAUGGAGGGAAUUGCCAUUCUGCGGCUGUUGAACCACGGCGAGAACAAAGAAAAGGGCGAGAGAUAUAUCCUGACUCAACCCAAUAUGUAUGCGCGCGGCAUCCUUUUCGGCAAGAUGAAGUAUGAGCUCGGCGAUCACAGCUAUGUCCGUUGUCCCGAAAACCACCUCGUGGCCGAUAUCGAGUUUAAGACGAAGGGUUAUUUCUCCGGCACAUAUAACGCUAUUGGUGGAACGAUUAAGAACGAGCAAACUGGUGAGGUGCUUUAUGAAUUGUCGGGUUUAUGGAAUGGAGAGAUGCAUAUCAAGGAUGCUCGCACCCAUAAGAAAGACCUUUUGUUCGAUGCGCUGCACGCAAAGCAUACGAAGCCUUUGGCACGUCCACUCGAGGAGCAAGGCGAGCGGGAAUCGCAGCGCCUGUGGUACGACACAGUCCAAGCGCUUGUCGCUCGCAACCACGAAGCCGCCACAGACGAAAAAACCAAGAUCGAAGAUCGUCAGCGAGAUGAAGCUGCCAAGCGUGCUGACGAAGGAAUCGACUGGCGUCCCAGACUAUUCCGUCCCGUCCAGGGUGGACCUGGUGGUCCUGAUGAAGGCGAGGAAGAUCUCGACUGGAUCAUCAAUGCCGAAGUCGAUAUGCGCGAUCCCAAACUGGCCACCAAACAGAUCCUAGCCAUCGCACCCAUCGUCCAAGGCCCUCCCGCCACCCCAAGUGACGCAAAUGAAGCGACAGUCCAACGGACAGACACACAAACGUCAGACGUGGAUGAAUUUGUAGACGCCCAGGAAACCAACUAA